AUGUAUGCUUCAUUAGAGGUUCACACUGAAGAUACCAUAAAAAAUGGCCAGGAAGCAUUGUCAAAGCUCACUGAAUUGAUCACCAAGCCAAAUGAGAAAAUGCACGGCCCAUUGAAAGAUGCCUAUCAAGAUCAUACAAAUUUCAAGAACUUCGCUGAACAGAUCCUCCGAUACAACCACGACAGCUUGAUUGCGGAAUACAUUCGCAACAAGUUGGAUCACCUUGACACUCAGAAUCUCAGCAUGUCCAACUCAGAAGACCAGCCCGAUACUGCACUCCAGGAGACCAAUGAUAUUGAUGUUGACUCAACAGAACCAACUGAUGCACAACAUUUUAGUCUUGGUUCAAAGCAGGUGGCAGUGUCAUUCACACACAUCGAGGCAGGUAGUCCAGCAUACCAUUUCCAGGUGGAUGAUGGAUUCAACUUGCUGCGAGCGACAUGGUGA